GGGGGAAACUGAGAAAGAAAAAGACAAGUAGAUAUGCUUAGGAAGGAAGACGAUGCUUAGAGAGAUAGAGAGAAUGACAGAAAGAGAGAGAGGGGGCAUAAACAUUAGUGUCAGUGCGGCCACUUCCUGUCAUCAGCGAGAGAGAGAGAGUGUGAAAGAGAGAGAGGGAGGAAGAGCUAGAAAGAGAUAAACCAAGAGAGCCCUCCAGAGCCACCACCAUCAUUCACCCCAGGACAGAAGGAGAGGUAUCAGGUUUCCACAGAGCGAAAGAGAGGGAGAAGGGGAGAAUGACUGUUCCAUGGAGGACAGGUGUUGUGGUGAUGCUGAAGCUUGUGUCUUCUGUAGAGGCUUCAAUGACUGAACCGGUCAUCUGCUACAUACUGGACGGAAUCCUGCUCCUCUACUGCAUCAUCACCACCGCACUCUUCUUCGGAGCCAAGUUGUGCAAGUCUUCACCUGAACCCAAAGAGGACUCCACCCAUGCAGAGCUCCAGCCAGGUGCUAAUGCUGACGACUUGGAGAAUCUGAGGACUGACCAACAGUCUGCAGCUACUAGACGGAAGCGCAAACAGGAAGCUAGUAGCGACACAUACCAGGCCCUCCAGAAGGAAGAUGACGGGAGUGAUGCUUACCAGGUGAUCAUGUCCAAGGGAAGGAAAGAAGAAAAAGAAGCCUCUCAGAGAUCCAGACCCGGCCCACUGCCUCCACACUGAUCUUACCCAGUCUGCCCUGCACUGAUCCAAUCUCUGAAGAGUACCUUCUAGACUAUUUUCUGACUUCUAUGUGUAUAGCAGUCUUCUACUCCUGAGCUCAACUCCCUGGCCUGGUAUUGCAUUACAUUUACAUUUUAGUCAUUUAGCAGACGCUCUUAUCCAGAGCGACUUACAGUUAGCUAUUGCAUGUUACAACUCAGCAGAAAAGUGUGCAUGUCUUGUCAAUGUGUAUUAUCAUGUCAUUUGUUAAGUUCAUUAAUGGCUUUUUGUGCCCUCUAAGGCUGUAUGUGGUAAUGUCAACAUUAUGACCGUAAUAAAAGACAGUGCACAUUCCAA